GCCUGUCUCUCCUCCCCACAGGUAGUGGAACGGAGCCACCGCCCAACUCGCCCCCAAAGUUGCCCAUCUAGAUAAGAAGAAGCGUCGCAACUCACGGUCGCAGUGCCACGCCCCACUUCAUAUCCUUUCCCUCCCCCAACUGAACGAAAAAAACAACAGAGAAAAACUCCUCCCUCCUCCUCCCCCUCUGAAGCCAUGGCUGCCUUCCCCCCGCUCGCCGCCUCCCGCGUCCGCAUCUCCCCUCUCAUCCCCGCCGCCGCGAUGGCUGGGACAGCAGGGGCGGCGGCGGCGUCGUACGCGCAGCACCGGCGGAGGUUCUGCGCCAUCGUGGCGACCGCGGCGGCGUCACCGGUGCCGGCCGCGGCGGCGGCGGCGGCGACGGGGUUUGAUUUUAACGCGUAUAUGGGUGAGAAGGCUGCGGCGGUGAACCGGGCGCUGGACGCGUCGAUCCCGGCGGACGAGCCGCCCGCGGCGCUCCACGAGGCGAUGCGGUACGCGCUGCUGGCGGGCGGGAAGCGGGUGCGGCCCGCGCUGUGCCUGGCGGCGUGCGCGGUGGUCGGGGGGCGGGAGGCCUGGGCGAUGCCCGCCGCCGCCGCCGUCGAGAUGGUGCACACCAUGUCGCUCGUCCACGACGACCUCCCCUGCAUGGACGACGACGACCUCCGCCGCGGGAAGCCCACCUGCCACGUCGUCUACGGGGAGCCCAUCGCCGUGCUCACCGGCGACGCGCUGCUCUCCCUCUCCUUCCACCACAUGGCCAGGUUCGACUCCUACCCUCCGGACAUCGACGCUGACAAGCACCCCGCCCGCGUCGUCCGCGCCAUUGGCGAGCUCGCGCGCUGCAUAGGCUCCGAGGGCCUAGUCGCCGGCCAGGUUGUUGAUCUUGAGAUGACUGGAUCGACCGAAACUGUACCUCUUGAACGUCUUGAGUACAUCCAUCUCCACAAAACUGCUGCAUUGCUUGAGGCAUCAGUGGUUAUUGGGGCAAUCUUGGGAGGUGGCUCUGAUGAGCAGAUUGAAAGUUUGCGCAUGUAUGCGAGAUCGAUAGGAUUGUUGUUCCAGGUUGUUGAUGAUAUACUUGAUGUGACCAAGUCUUCUGAGGAGCUCGGCAAGACAGCAGGGAAGGACUUGGCGAGUGACAAGACGACAUACCCGAAAUUACUUGGGCUGGAGAAAUCACGGGAGUUUGCAGAAAAGUUGCUUUCUGAUGCAAGGGAACAACUUUCAGGAUUUGAUCAAGAGACCGCAGCACCACUUCUGCACCUGGCCAAUUAUAUUGCCUAUCGGCAGAACUGAGGUUCGUUUUACAAUGAGUGUCAAUGUAAGCUUUGAUUCAGGGAUGAGCUUGUCUUGGAAAUUGUUCUGUUGAACAUGUGUUUCAGUGAUGUUCUUCUGUUUACAGCAAUUGGGAUCAAUGUUUCUCUAACAGCUAUAUAUAUGUAUAUUCUUGGUUCCAAGCAUGCAGAAAACUUCAAUCAGAGAAAGUGUUUAGUUACAGUGCCGUAGUAAAUAAAUCGGUUAUAAUUGAUUCCUGUCUAUAGGUGUGCAUUCAGUCUUUUGGUCAAUUCGCUUUGUAGCAAAAUUCAGUUAGUCAAAACUCAGGAAUGAAUUGUUAUUGGGAAAAGGCAAGACCGAAAUUCGGUUAAUCCUGUCUAUUGCUCAAAAACCUAUACAAGCCUUUCAUAGUGAAUGUAGCCCCUGCAUAAGGUUUCCUGUACAGGUACAGUAGGACCUUGACUAAAUGUUUUUCAUUGGAAUAAUGGAAUGGUUAUAAGCUGCACCUUUCUUGUUCUUUUCUA